AGGCACUUAUGCAAAAGAAAGAAAAGGAGAAAAUGGGGGUUUAAAGAAGCAAGCCCACUGAUCUCUAACACUCCAAGCUCUCUGCAAUUUGACGCACGAGUGCGCGUGAGUCUCGACAGUCGACUCAAGAAGGUGCUACGCGGGAAACUAUACGAGUUUCAAGGCUGUGUUUUUAAGGUUUAUCUUUGCUAGUAAAUCCGUUCCUUGUGAGCUCGAAAAGGAAGCUCCACUUAGACAGAAGUUUUUUUCAAAUUUGCAUUAAAAAUUUCAAAAUUCUAACGGAAUCAUCUCAACUCUAAACUUCUUUUCAUUGAGGCGAUAUUUCGAUAGAAUGAGUUCUCUACAGGAAGCUCCCAAAGAAAUCUACAAUUUGUAUUUGCAAACGGCUUUAAAUAUCGUGACUUAUUUUGAAGAUGAGUCCCAAGAAGAGAGGCUGAAAGAAUUAACAGACCUAGCUGAGGUCAGCGCUAAGCUAGAUUUAAAACUGAAGAAAUCGUGUGAAAUUUUACAACGCCUAUCCGCACCACAGGAUGAUUUCAAUGGAAAUCAGGAAGUAAUUGAUCAUGCGCAAACACUGGAGCAAUUUACCAAUGAAAUAGAAGGUAUUGACACGGAUGUUAAUAAGCACAAGAAAUUUCAGGAUUUUCAACAACAAGUCCAAGUUCUCUUAGAAAAUACAAGAUUGAACAACGCAGCCAACGUGAAUGAUGACGAAUUGGUGCUAACUCAAAAUGAUAUAAACGUCAUCGAUCCCAUCACUAAAAGGCGAAUAAAUGAUCCUGUCAGAAACACAGUUUGUGGUCAUGUUUAUGAUCGAGGAAGUGUUGAAGCUUUGUUAAAAGCAAAUAAACAAACAAGAUGCCCAGUUGCCGGUUGUGCAAAUAAAAAUUACUUACAGCUGGACAAUUUUCAGACGGAUAUUCUUACCAAAAGAUAUUUAGACCGAAAUCCUCAUGCGGAUUAAUGUGUAUCCAGAAAACUAAAUUACUCUUAACACCAUCCAAUACUUACAUCACGGAUAAACACUAUGGAUGCGUGCUCAAAAAUACGAUGUUCUUGAAAAUGAAUUUAUUUCACAAGUGUAUGGUAAACAAGCAAGGGUUUAUUCAUAUGUAAUUAUUCAUACGCAAUCUCAUAGUCAUGCAGAUUAAACAUAUUAUGUCUCCUCAAACUAUGUAUCGACAUUUUAAAAAACAAGCAUAAUGUUUCAGCUAUA